GUUCCGGACUGGACUAUCUGCUUCAUGGUGGAGCAUGUACUGGCGAAGUGAUGGAAAUCACUGGAUGCACCUUAGCUGGCAAGACACAGCUGUGUCACUGUAUAGCAUUGCUGGCGGCAGUCGAUCAUAGUUGUGAUGUCAUGUUUGUGGAGAGCGGCGGUUCAUUCUCCUCUAAGCGCCUGCUUCAACUGGCAACCGCUAAAUGCGUCAAGGACCAAUCUUGGCAGAGGUAUGUACACUCUGCCCCGAUCUUUGAUCUGUUUGAGCUCACUGACUUGCUGGAAGAUGUUCUCAUCAGUGAGAAGUCUAGUCCUCCGGCAAGAAUGAUGAUUGUGGAUUGUUUAACUUCACUAUUGGCUGGCCACCAUGCCGAUGACUUGAUCGAAGCUAAGCGCUACGUUGCCCACCUGUUGAAGAGAAUUGCUUUGGAACAGUCCAUGGCUAUUGUGUACACAAAUAAUUUGGUGAUGGAAGGUUCCUGCCUGGCAAUGUCGUCCAUCUUGAUGCAAGUUCCCAACACGCGCAUCAACCUCUCAAGUUACACCAAGCCAAGCAGUGAUGUCGAUUUGUACUCAGCCACCCUGCUCAAAUCUUCUCAUCGUUCUUACGGACUAGCUACAGCCAUGACACUGGACGAUGCUGGAUUUCAGGACAUCGCACAGGACAAACUGGGACAGCAUAAGCACUACAGGGCCUCACUAAGAUGAUGAGCGGAGUGUACACAGGAUGGUGCUGCCGUUGUUCCGCCUGUUGGGAUGAGCAAGCAGCACAGGUACUACCUACAGUAGCACUGUUGGUAUGAGCAAGCAGCACAGGUACUACCUACAGUAGCACUGUUGGUAUGAGCAAGCAGCACAGGUACUACCUACAGUAGCACUGUUGGUAUGAGCAAGCAGCACAGGUACUACCUACAUUAGCACUGUUGGUAUGAGCAAGCAGCACAGGUACUACCUACAGUAGCACUGUUGGUAUGAGCAAGCAGCACAGGUACUACCUACAGUAGCACUGUUGGGAUGAGCAAGCAGCACAGGUACUACCUACAGUAGCACUGUUGGUAUGAGCAAGCAGCACAGGUACUACCUACAGUAGCACUGUUGGUAUGAGCAAGCAGCACAGGUACUACCUACAGUAGGCUACAGUAUACUAGUACUUUAAAGAACACAUGUGCGGCAGGCGCUGCUGGCAGUCGUGUUCUACACUCUGAUAGCUCCUUACCUGGUACAAGCCGCAUUUACCAUACAGAAGGACUAUGGUAUCAACGCUAACGAUCACUACGGUACGUACGACGACACUUUGAAAUCGAGUACAUCCACAUCGAUGUGAUUGGAUGGCUGGGGACAUUGUAAGUGACAUCAUGGCUACUGGUGAGGCCCAGCAAGACUAAUCGUGUAUGUGAGCAUCUCUUCGAAAUGCACUACAAUGACAAUGUGCUAGUGCGUGUGAGGUGAAGAGACCUGCAGUCGAAGCAAAUAAGUGUGUAUGUACUGCGUGCACAGGCAAUCGGUGUGUACAUACAGGGAAGACACAGACUGACGCUGCACCUUGCCACGGUCAACUCCAAAUGAUCAGCUGAAGGCAAAGAAUGCUGUCGCUCCUCCACGUUGAUACAAGUACUUGAUCAAUGCUCACGUGACCAUGAGCAGCUGUACAGUGCAGGAUAGUGGAGCUGGUAUUCCAAGUCUGUUCUUGUGUACAGAGUGGUCUUCACUUCCCCCCUGAGUGAUCGCACAGCAACGUAUGCUUUUCCUGGAUGGGACUUGCACUGAUGAGUUAACUGGCAGAGCUAGGCCCGCUGGUGUACAUCGGAUGUUUGGCAAUAGAUGUCUCCAACUGCUCACGUCCUCCGGCCAUUGAAAAUUUCCCGUGGCCGCUGGUGUGUGAGUGAGCACAAUCACGCAGGAGAUCAUGUUGGAUUGACCUUCAGAAUAACACGGAUGUAAUAUUGCCGAUUCUCCCGUAGUACCUAUUAAAUGGUCUAAUGCUGCAUACAGCGAGCGCAGUGUCUCCUUCCCUGCCUAAGACUGGUCUUGGAAGUUCUAACGUUAGCUCAUGCCUUGAACAACCAGAUUUAGUUCUUGUCUUUUUCUGCCAUCGUCAUGUGUGCAGUGAUCGACUGGUGGUGCGCGUAUGGCUGGGCAUACUUCAAGUAGAAUUACAUUUUUUCCACACAUUUUUAUCCAAUAAAUCCCAUUCUGUUUGAACUCUGUUUGAUGAAUACCACACACACAACUAACAGUUCUGGCAAUGGGUCGCAUGCGUUUAGUGAGGUAUUCUGUCAUAGCUUUCGCCUCUGGUCUGCAGUUGACAUGAAAGGAGUUUAUUUUUUUGUUUAACAAAAACAUAAAUCUGUUCUUCA